CAGGAAGAGACCAGAGCUUAGGGUUUGGUCUGUCCCUCCGCCGCGCGCACGUGUCCGCCACACUUCCAAAGGGAUACCCCUCCUCGCCGCCGCCGCUGGGCUUUCGGUUCCAUCCCCUUCUCAUCGGAGCCCUCUCGGCGGCGGCAGAAGAGAUGGCGGAGCGGCUCACCCGUAUCGCGAUCGUCAGCGAGGACAAGUGCAAGCCCAAGAAGUGCCGCCAGGAGUGCAAGAAGAGCUGCCCCGUCGUCAAGACCGGGAAGCUUUGCAUUGAAGUAACCCCGGCAUCGAAGCUCGCUUUUAUUUCAGAGGAGCUGUGCAUUGGUUGUGGUAUUUGUGUAAAGAAAUGCCCAUUUGAUGCCAUUGACAUCAUCAACCUUCCAAAAGAUUUGGCAAAGGAUACUACUCAUCGAUAUGGGCCAAAUACCUUCAAGUUGCACAGGUUGCCUGUUCCGAGACCUGGUCAGGUUUUAGGCCUUGUUGGAACAAAUGGAAUUGGAAAGUCUACAGCACUCAAAGUGUUGGCUGGCAAGCUGAAACCUAAUUUGGGACGCUUCAAAAACCCACCUGAUUGGCAGGAAAUCCUUGCAUACUUCCGUGGGUCUGAACUUCAGAACUACUUCACACGCAUAUUGGAAGACAACCUGAAGGCAAUCAUCAAACCUCAGUAUGUUGACCACAUUCCAAAAGCUGUUCAAGGAAAUGUUGGGCAAGUACUUGAACAGAAGGAUGAGAGGGAUAUGAAAGCUGAGCUGUGUGUUGACCUUGAAUUAAAUCAAGUCAUUGACCGAAAUGUAGGAGACCUUUCUGGUGGUGAGCUCCAGAGAUUUGCAAUAGCAGUUGUUGCUGUACAAAAUGCGGAAAUUUACAUGUUUGAUGAGCCAUCAAGUUACCUUGAUGUUAAGCAGAGGCUUAAAGCUGCACAAGUCAUUCGGUCCUUGCUUAGGCCCAACAGCUAUGUCAUCGUUGUGGAGCAUGACUUGAGUGUCUUGGAUUAUUUGUCCGACUUCAUUUGCUGCUUAUAUGGGAAGCCAGGUGCUUAUGGUGUGGUUACCUUGCCAUUCUCGGUUCGAGAAGGUAUCAAUAUUUUCCUGGCUGGAUUUGUUCCAACAGAAAAUCUUCGGUUCCGAGAUGAAUCUCUUACAUUCAAGAUUGCAGAGACUCAAGAAAGUGCUGAGGAGAUUGAGUCAUAUCAACGGUAUAAGUACCCUACCAUGAGCAAAACACAGGGAAAUUUCAAGCUUACUGUUGUUGAGGGUGAAUUUACUGAUUCCCAGAUUGUUGUGAUGCUUGGUGAAAACGGGACAGGGAAAACUACAUUCAUCAGAAUGCUGGCUGGGUUGUUGAAGCCCGACACAGUGGAAGGAACUGAUAUUGAAAUUCCUGAAUUCAAUGUGUCGUAUAAACCCCAAAAGAUUAGCCCAAAAUUCCAGAAUACCGUGAGGCACUUGCUUCAUCAGAAAAUACGGGAUUCAUAUAUGCACCCUCAGUUUGUGUCUGAUGUCAUGAAACCACUACAAAUUGAGCAGCUCAUGGACCAGGAGGUUAUUAAUUUAUCAGGUGGAGAGCUCCAAAGAGUUGCAAUAUGCCUCUGCCUUGGAAAGCCUGCAGAUAUCUAUUUGAUUGAUGAACCAAGUGCGUAUCUUGAUUCGGAGCAGCGUAUUGUUGCCUCAAAGGUUAUCAAAAGAUUCAUUCUUCACGCAAAGAAAACUGCAUUUAUUGUUGAGCAUGAUUUCAUCAUGGCAACCUACUUAGCUGACAAGGUCAUUGUUUAUGAGGGGCGAGCUUCUAUUGACUGUAGUGCCAAUGCACCACAGUCUUUGGUAUCUGGGAUGAAUAAGUUCUUAUCGCAUCUUGACAUUACUUUUAGAAGAGACCCGACCAACUAUAGGCCACGAAUAAACAAGUUGGAAUCUACGAAAGACAGGGAACAGAAGUCUGCCGGUUCCUACUACUACCUCGAUGACUAAUGAGGGAGCACAGGUACUCGGAGAGAGCUUGCUGCGCAUAAUCUUUGUUGAGAAUCUUCGGAGGGAGCUUGCCGUGCAUAAUCUUUCCAGGCCGUGGAAAUGUGAGGCUAGAUUGAAGUUGCCACUACAUGGCAUGAGACAUGUUGAAUAAUUGGUUGCAGGAGUAAAGUGCAUCGGUUAUAUAACUUAUAAAGCAGAGCAUAUGAUGUUGAUAUUGAGUUUUUGUUGGCCUGAUCUAUAUGACGGGAAAGAUCGGUGCUAAAAUGUGCUUUAUCAGGGGAGAACUAUGACUGGUUUCUGUUUAUUUGCAGUACAUCAUCGAUUUGCAAUCGAGUAUGUUUAAUUCUCGAUUUUAUGUAUCACAUUAAAGUUUUUGAGCACAAUGUGAAAUAUUUUUUUAUCA